GGGCACAAAGUUUUGUCACUACCAUAGUACCAUCUUUACACCACCACCGUCGAUUGAUCGAGAUUUCACACCCAAAACCCCACUGAAGAGCUCCCCAAGACCUAAAACCCAGAAAAACCAAAACCAUGUUGCCCAAAACCCAGAAACCUCCUCCCCACGCACGAAUCCCACCCAUCCUCUCCGCCGCCGCCUCCGCCGCGGCCACCGCAAUGGUGCUCCGCUCCCUUGCCAAGGACCUCAUCCCCCGCGAGCUCCAGCACGACCUCUUCCUCAGGCUCCGCCGCUUCCUCAGCAGGUUCUCCAGCGAACUCACCCUCACCGUCGACGAGUACGACGGGCUCUACCCCAACGCCCUGUUCCAGGCCGCCGAGACUUACCUCGGCACCGUCAUCACGCCCGACACUAAGCGGUUCCGGGCGAGCAAGCCCGAGAGGGAGAAGCGGAUCAAGGUGUCGGUGGAGAAGGACGAGGAGCUGACCGAUUGGUUCGGCGGGGUUCCGAUCAAGUGGCGGUUGUUCUGCAAGGAUACCCCCGGGAAGUACGUCGCGAAUCCGGACUCGUUGGGCUACGAAUACGGCGCGACGACUCUGAAGUCGGAGUCCCGGUUCUUUGAGCUCGUUUUCCACAAGAAGAUCAAGGACAAGGUAAUCAACGAGUACUUGCCUUACAUAUUGGAGAAAUCAAAGAUCUUAAAAGAGGAGCAGAGAACACUGAAGCUUUGGACCCUAAAGAUUGAACGGGGCAUGGGGGGGCUAGGGGGACCGAGAUCAAAGCCGUGGCAAUCCGUGAAUCUGGACCAUCCAUCAACUUUCGACACUCUAGCUAUGGAAUUAGACGCGAAGGAAAAUAUAAUGGCGGAUUUGCAGAGGUUUGUGAAGAGGAAAGAAUUUUAUAGGAGAGUUGGGAAGGCGUGGAAGAGGGGUUACUUACUCUAUGGCCCCCCUGGGACUGGGAAAUCAAGCUUGAUUGCGGCCAUGGCCAACUACUUGAACUUCGAUGUGUAUGAUUUGGAGUUGACUGCUACGUGGAGCAAUUCUGAGCUGAGGAACUUGCUCAUUUCGACGGCGAAUCAGUCGAUUUUGGUGGUGGAGGACAUUGAUUGCUCCAUUGAGUUGCAAGAUCGGUUUAAGGCGGCAAAAAAACUGGUGGGAAAACCUUUGGUGGCUAUGGAUCUUCGUCAGCCUGAUCAAGGGUAUGAUUGCAGGUCUAGCGGAGUGACUUUAUCUGGACUACUGAAUUUCAUUGAUGGAUUGUGGUCAAGCUGUGGGGACGAGAGGAUAAUUAUUUUCACCACUAAUCACAAAGAAAGGCUCGACCCUGCACUGCUGCGCCCCGGGCGGAUGGACGUGCAUAUCCACAUGUCCUACUGCACACCUUGUGGGUUCAGAAUGCUUGCCCAAAACUACCUUGAGAUUUCGGAGCAUCCACUCUUUACGGAGAUUGAACGGUUGUUGAAGAUGAAAAAAGUGACUCCGGCAGAAGUAGGCGAGCAAUUGUUGAAGAACGAGGAGGCUGAGAGCGCGCUGAGAGGUUUGAUUGAGCUGCUUGAGGAGAAGGAGGUUGAAGAAGUUAAAGCUGGUCAAGUAGAACAAAAGGAAUCUGGAUCUGAAGGUGUGACAGAGCUUGAGAAUUAAAGAAGGUUGGAGUUGUGAAAAAUAAAAGAUUAUAUUGCUACCCAAAAAAUGUACUGAUCAGUAUUGUAUGAGGCAAAACUAUUGGAUAUGUAGGAAAGGGUCUUCAAACACCCAUAGAAUGGCCCUAAAAUCCUUAGUAAAGACUUCUAGUUCUGUUUAUCUAUUAGGAAGAGAUUCGUUCUAGAAAAGUUUCAGAAGAUAUUGAGCGUAAAUGAGAUGAUUGGUGGCGGAGAAAGAUUUGUAAUCACAUACAAUUAUGCUACUGUCGUGGCAUUAAUCUGAGUUUUGUUCAUGUCA